GUAGAUAAUGGCAAACCACAUUUUGAACAUAUCUCAGGGGUAUCAGUUAGUAUAUAUAUAUCAGAUAUAUGUACAACAGCUCAUAAAAUCACAGAUUAGACCCUCGUCCUUAUUCUUAAAUCCAAAUCCUACAUUUCCCAAGAUGCAUUGUGUUUUUUUACGUGACCUUUGAACCCUGGAUAAAAACAAGCCGACCAGCUGAUGCAAAAGCAACAACAUCGACAGGGUUCUGACCGACACAGAGUAGCUUCGGCGGGCCACCUUUCUCCACAACGCUAGCCGUGUGUGUCGGGCGUCGGUGCGGCGCUCCACGGUAAACGCGCCCGGUUGUAGACCGUGUUGAGGCAGCACUUUGGCCCGUCAACGUCCCCCGGACUCUCCCAACUGCUGCCAGGUGGCCUGCCGAGGGGUUAAAAUCGUCCUGACCGGUCGAGCCCUGGGAUGAGUGGUCCGGGAGGGACGAGCGCGGCCCCGGGCUGCCAGGAGAACUACGCCUGCGGGGGUUCGGACGAGGCGGCGUUCGAGUGCGACGAAUGCGGCAGCCUGCAGUGCGCCCGCUGCGAGCUGGAGCUCCAUCGCCAGGCGCGGAUGAGGAACCACGACCGGGUUCGGAUCGCGCCCGGCCACGUGCCCUUCUGUGACUCGUGCAAAGGGGACGGCGGCGCGCGCCUCAGGGCGGCGGUGCGCUGCCAGGGUUGCAAGAUCAACCUGUGCUUGGACUGCCAAAGGCGCACCCACGGCGGGGUCAACAAGAGGAAGCACCCUCUGACCACUUACCCCCCCGUCGACGCCUCCCGCGAUGACGGCGCGGCUUCCGCCGAGUCGCAGAUGGAGGCCCUGAAGGCCGAGCUGGAGAAGGUGUGCAGCUUCCUUUUGGUGGACGAGAGGGAGGAGAUGCAGGUGAAGGAUGAGGACGUCUUUGUGAGCAGACUGGGCUGCAGGUCAGAUGAGCUCCUCAAGGUGGUCUCCAUAUUUGGGAACACCGGCGAGGGCAAGUCCCACACCCUCAACCACACGUUUUUCCUUGGACGGGAGGUGUUCAAGACCUCCCCCACCCAGGAGUCCUGCACCGUGGGCGUGUGGGCAGCCAUGGACCCCGUGCACCGCGUGGUAGUCAUCGACACGGAAGGGCUGCUUGGCGCCGGAGCAAAUCAAGGUCAGCGAACGCGCCUGCUCCUCAAAGUCCUGGCCAUCUGCGAUGUGGUCAUCUACCGAACGCAUGCCGACCGUCUCCACGACGACCUCUUCAAGUUCCUCGGCGACGCGUCCGACGCCUACCUGAAACAUUUCACCAGGGAGCUGAAAGCGACGACCACCCGCUGUGGUCUGGACGUCCCGCUGUCCACCCUGGGCCCCGCCGUGAUCAUCUUCCACGAGACCGUGCACACCAAGCUACUCGGAUCAGACAAGCCGUCGGACUCGGCCGAGCGCCUCCUCCAGGAGCGUUUCCGGAAGCUCGGCCUGUUCCCGGACGCGUUCAGCUCCGUCCAGUACCGCGGGACUCGGACCUACAACCCUCCCACGGACUUCUGCGGCCUGCUGCGCAGCCUGGAGCAACAGCUGGACAACAACACCACGCGCUCGCCGCGCUCCGCCAGCGUCAUCUACAGGGCUCUGCAGGCCCUGAGCGAGCGCUUCAGCGGGGACAUUUCAGAUGAACACAUGGCCAGUAACUCUUUCUUUCCAGAUGAGUACUUUACCUGCUCCAGCCUCUGCCUCAGCUGUGGCUCGGGCUGUAAGAGGAGCAUGAAUCACCUCAAAGAAGGACUCGACCACGAGGCCAAGCAUCGCUGCCGGUACUCGGCGCAGUGCGACAACCGCAUCUACACCUGCAAGGCCUGCUACGAGGGAGGGAAGGAGGUCAAAGUGGUCCCCAAAACCACGGCGUCGUCCGACUCGCCGUGGUUCGGCUUGGCCAUCUACGCCUGGUCCGGCUACGUAAUCGAGUGCCCCAACUGUGCAGUGAUCUACAGAAGCAGGCAGUACUGGUACGGAAACCAGGACCCAGUGGAGACCGUGGUCAGAACGGAGAUCCAGCACAUCUGGCCUGGCGCCAACGGCUUUCUGAAAGACAACAACAACGCGGGCCAGAGGCUGCUGGACGGCGUCAAAUACAUUUCUCAGUCCGUGUCGGAACUCAGCGUGACGCCCGCCAAAGCCGUCACCUCGUGGCUGACGGACCAGAUCGCGCCGACCUACUGGAAGCCCAACUCCCUCAUCCUGAAAUGCCACAAAUGCGCCGAAGAGUUCCAACCCAGCGGCACCAAGCACCACUGCCGCGCCUGCGGGGAGGGCUUCUGCGAGUCCUGCUCCUCCAAAACGCGGCCGGUACCCGAGAGGGGCUGGGGGCUGGCGCCGGUCCGAGUCUGCGACGAGUGUUUCCACAACAGGGGAAUCCCGACUGAGUUGCUGGAUGCUGCCUUGGAGGAGGAGGGGGGCACCCUCAUAGCCAGGAGGGUUGGGGAGGUGGUCCAGAACACUUUAGGGGCCGUGGUGGGCGCCAUCGACAUACCUCUCGGCCUGGUGAAGGACGCCGCCCGGCCGGCCUACUGGGUCCCGGAUCAGGACAUCCGCUCCUGCAGCGAGUGCCAGAGGGAGUUCUGCCCGCGCCUCUCCAUCCACCACUGCCGCGCCUGCGGCCAGGGGGUGUGCGACGACUGCUCCCAGGAGCGCCGCGCCGUGCCCUCCCGCGGGUGGGACCACCCGGUGAGGGUGUGCGGCGGCUGCAACCAGAAGCCCGGGGAGCUUUAGCAGGAGGAGGAGGAGGAGGAGGGCCUGAGGGACUCUGGACACUUUUGACACGCUUCAGUGCCCUCCAGGUCUCUCUAGUGGUUUGCUGUUUCCCCAACGCCGUCUUCACGUCAGUCCCUUGACGACUUUGCUAUAAUAUGCCCAAUAUUUUACACUGUGAAGAAUAUCCGUCUGAGAGAGGCGGGAUUAUGAAGAAGGGGAGAUGAAAGACCGCGAUGGCGUCCUAUGAGAGGGAGUCUUGUACCUGCUUGCUUACAAUUGAGUUCAGGCUAAUUUUUGUGUACCCCCUUUGAUCCAUUUAAAAAUUAACCUCUUUGACCCCCCCCCCCCCCCCAGUGUGACACACUAGUACUAUUAGCACCGUUUGUAGUCUGGGGCUACAUGUGUGAACCGUGCAUCAUUAUCUGGUUCUUAGGAAGCGAUGUUUCUGCAGGGGCCCGGCACGUAGCAUUCGGGUUCAUCACCAGGGGACACGGGAUGACUCGGAGGUGCUCCUUCGAGUGGAUUUAAGUAGCUUUCCUCCGCGGCUUCAGGAGGCUUCCGGAAUGAUCCGAAGCCACCGAUGUACUGUAGCACAUCAAACUGUUAGUAAUGACUUCUUACAUAAUCCAGUUCAGGUGAUAUCAGAACAGCCUUAAUAACGCUGUGCACAUUGUUUAAAUUUGAAACAAUAUACAGAAAAGGGGGGAAAAAAACAGGAUUCUUUCAAGGGCGUCAUUUUGUUUUUGAACUGUUAAAAUGAUUAGUCUACAAAUCUGACUGUAUUGGGUGGAAAAUGCAACGGGAAUUGCUUUAAAGGAGUGGCUGGCUCACAUGGCAAUAAGGUGCAGAAAAUGUUUGAGGCUGGCCCCUCAAACGAGGAAAGAAUAAGUCUCUAAAUCUUUUACUGUUCCAACUCAGGCUGUAUAGCUAGUUAUCUCGUAUCUUGUGACUGAACCCUGCUGUGAGAUCCGACAGGAAUCUCUGCUUUUAUUGAAGUGACCGACUGCGACAGUUGGUUUGGUUACUAUGGCAACAAAUGAAGUAUCACUUUUAUCUGAAUCAGUGAACCAUCACCAUUGUUUCUAUUUCAGAGAUGUUCAAUGAAUACUAAUAUGGAACGAAUCAAUACCUUAUGAUCCUGUACGCUCAUAGUAUGUAUUAAAAUGCAGAAACUGA